AUGGCAACCCCUAACGUGAUGAUCUUCGGCCCCUCAGGCCAAGUAGGCUCUUACGCAGCAUUACAAGCUCAUGCCUCCGGCGCAAAAGUCUCUCUCGCAAUGCGAGACCCCUCAAAAUCAAUCCCAACUCUAGACGACAUCCCCGCAGAAAGAGUCCACGCAGACCUCACAGACCCCGCUACAAUCCUCAGUGCUGUAAAGCAAACAGGAGCGACGCGGGCAUUUAUCUACGUGAUGUUCGGCUCACCAGACAAUAUGCGCGCCAGUAUUGAAGCGCUCAAAGAAGCUGGGAUUGAAUUUGUGGUUCUACUAAGCAGCUUUACGAUCGAGGGCGAAGCGAGUGAUGUUUCCUCUGACAAGAUAAUUCCGUUCGUGCAUGCGCAAGUGGAGAUUGGCCUACAAGAAGUGUUUGGAAAAGAGGCAUUCGUCACUGUGAGAGGGGCCUUCUUUUCUAGUAAUUCGCUAUGGUAUAAACAGGGCAUUUUGAGCGGGGAGGUGCUACAUGCUAAUCCUGGUGCUGAGUGGGAUUUCAUUGCACCGGAAGAUGUAGGACGUGUUUGUGGUGCCAUCCUUGUUAAUGGCGCGCAGGAGCAUGCUGUUGGCUUGGUUGGCCCGGAGAAGAUGUCUACCGAAGAAGCUAUCGGGCACAUUGGCCGUGUCUUGAAUAGACAGAUUCGAAUCGUCAAGUGCUCGGAGCAAGAUGCUAUUGAGGCACUUGUUGCUGGUGGCAUGGCGAUACUUGUUGCUCAGUGGUUUACUGAUUCUGUCUUACAUGAUGCAGGGGCCUUUUUUGUUGCUCCUGAUUAUACGGCUGCGAGUGGGAACGUUCAGAAGUACACACAGAGUGAACCGGUGGGGUUCUUGCAGUGGCUUGAGGAGAACAAAAGCAAGUUUGAUUAG